AUGAUCGAAGAAAAUGGAUCUGGGUGGCUGAGAUGGCUGUUAAAACAAGGAGAUGUCAUCCAGGCCUACUCCAAUCACAGGGAAAAAAGGUUGGGUGGGACUAUAUCAGCCUACAAGAUAGUACCAGACGAAAUAGAAGAAAUCAAGGAAACGCUGAUAGAUUGGUGUGAUGAAAAGGAACUUAAUUUGAUAUUAACAACUGGAGGAACAGGGUUUGCACCACGAGAUGUCACUCCAGAGGCCACAAAAGAAGUAAUAGAACGGGAAGCACCAGGCAUGGCCCUGGCAAUGCUGAUGGGAUCACUUAAUGUUACACCUCUGGGCAUGCUGUCUAGACCUGUAUGUGGAAUCAGAGGGAAAACUCUCGUAAUUAACCUACCAGGUAGCAAGAAAGGAUCUCAGGAAUGCUUUCAGUUUAUACUGCCAGCUCUACCUCACGCCAUUGACCUUUUACGUGAUGCCAUUGUAAAAGUAAAGGAGGUGCAUGAUGAACUUGAAGAUUUACCUUCACCACCACCUCCUCUUUCUCCUCCUCCCACAACCAGCCCCCAUAAACAGACAGAAGACAAAGGGGUUCAAUGUGAGGAAGAGGAAGAAGAAAAGAAAGAUAGUGGUGUUGCUUCAACAGAAGACAGUUCUUCAUCACAUAUAACUGCAGCAGCCAUUGCUGCAAAGAAGCAUCCAUUCUACACCAGUCCUGCUGUUAUCAUGGCACAUGGUGGGCAGCCCCUGCCUGGUCUCAUCAGUUAUUCCCAUCAUGCAACAGGCAGUGCAGAUAACCGGAUUCCAGAUUCCAUUAUUUCUCGUGGUGUUCAGGUGCUCCCACGAGACACAGCCUCCCUCAGCACUACUCCGUCAGAAUCGCCUCGUGCUCAGGCUACAUCUCGUCUCUCUACAGCUUCCUGCCCAACACCAAAACAAAUUAGACGGCCGGAUGAAAGCAAAGGAGUUGCUAGUAGAGUUGGAUCCCUCAAAGUCCAGUCCAGGUGCAGCAGCAAGGAGAACAUUCUCAGAGCAAGAGGUGAAGAUGGACAGGAUCAUGGUUUGAAGCCAGCCUGGACAAAAAGUCAGCAACACCCCAUCUUAAUAAGUCACAGUGCUGUUGAUAUCACCAAGGUGGCUAGAAGACACCGUAUGUCUCCUUUUCCUCUGACAUCUAUGGACAAAGCCUUUAUUACAGUCCUGGAGAUGACUCCGGUGCUUGGGACAGAAAUCAUCAAUUACCGAGAUGGAAUGGGCCGAGUCCUUGCUCAAGAUGUAUAUGCAAAAGAUAAUCUACCCCCCUUCCCAGCAUCAGUAAAAGAUGGCUAUGCUGUCCGAGCUGCUGAUGGUCCAGGAGAUCGUUUCAUCAUUGGGGAAUCUCAAGCUGGUGAACAGCCAACUCAGACUGUAAUGCCAGGACAAGUCAUGCGUGUUACAACAGGUGCUCCAAUCCCCUGCGGUGCUGAUGCAGUAGUGCAAGUGGAAGAUACUGAACUUAUCAGGGAAUCAGAUGAUGGCACUGAAGAACUUGAAGUACGAAUUCUGGUGCAGGCUCGGCCAGGCCAAGAUAUCAGACCCAUCGGCCAUGACAUUAAAAGAGGAGAAUGUGUUUUGGCCAAAGGAACCCACAUGGGCCCUUCAGAGAUUGGUCUCCUGGCAACUGUAGGAGUCACAGAGGUUGAAGUUAAUAAGUUUCCAGUGGUUGCCGUCAUGUCAACAGGGAAUGAGGUAAAAUAAUAAUAAUAAUAAUAAUAAUUAAAAAGUGGUAGGUAGGGCUAACAAGAUAAAGGUAUUUCUGACAUCUAUUUGGUAUUGAAAAGAAAUUAUGAAUCUUACCAAUGGGACCACAUUUCUGUAACAGAGAAGUUAUAAUUUGGCCUCUGGAUAGUUCAAGUACAGAAGAUGAGAAGAAAGAACUAGAGAUCACAUAUUAAGAAGUGUUCCCUUCCAUUUAUUAGCAUGAAAUAUUAUAACCAAUGACUUUUUGAUACACUCAGUGACAUAAAAAAUGUUAGCUGCAAGCUUUAGGUAUCAAACUUUGGAAACACAAUAUUUAGUCUAUUAGGACAAUGACUUGGGACUAUCCUGUUGCUGAAAUGAUGGACCACCUCUGUAUGGGAA